AUGGCCGUUCCGUCUCCAUCCCCGUUGCAGCGUGGGAAAUCCGGCAUCUUGUCAACCCCAGAAAAAGAAGGUCGCUUUCCUGAGACCCAGAAGGUUUCGAGUCCAGUUGUUCCCAAGCGUUUGGAGGAACACUUUGAGGAAAACAAGGUUUCAAAGACUUUGCCACCUUUUCCUGUGGCCCUGCCUAAGCCUGCACCACAGCAGAUGCCACCCCCAGCUGGGCCCCAUCCGCUGAGUCAGGGGGCGAUAGACCGUCGCAUCCGACGGGCGAUGGAGCCCAAUGCAAAGGGGGAGUUUAAGGUGAGCUCAGAGGUUCGAAAGCUUUGGGAAGAAGGGAGCCGGGAGAAAGUGUUUCGGCUGUUCGCUGAUUUUGGCGGUGCCGAUGUUGUCCCUGGCGACGAAGAUGGUGGUUUGCCACCUUCGGCACAGGAGACAAUGAAGUUGUUGAAGCGGCUGGGGUGCCCGGAAGUCCAGGACACCACCAAACCCUCAGCCCUGCUUACGAAAGUCAGCACAGCCUUGACGAAGCGCAUGGGGAAGUUGGAAGAAGUGAAAAAACUCUUUGCGGCGGGAGGUGACUCAGCCCUUGUCCGCAAGAUGUGCGACAAGCUGGAGGAAGUGUAUGCCAAGCUGGAUUCGCAGAGUGAGGCUCUUUCGGCUGAAGCCAAUGCUGGCAUUCUGGAAGGCUUCACCCAAGUUAGCGAUCAGGGUUCAACUUCCAACGUGUUCCAGCUACUAGCAAUGGCAGAUCUGAAAGAGUAUUCGAAACAUUGUUGUGCCUCCCUGGAGGGUAUCAAAAGGAGAUUUGAAGACAAAGACUAUGGUGGCACAUCACAAGCAGUAGAAGCGGCCAAAGAGUUUCUAUCAAUUGGAAAGAAAAUGAUGAUUCGCUUUCAAACAUUGAGGAAAAAACCCGAGGAGAGGAAGCAAUGGAUUCGAGACACUUUUGGUGGUGAUGCUAUCUCAAAGAAGUCACUCAAUGUUCAGCAGUCGUUGCUAGUUAGCAAACUAGUCAGUCGGCAAGUUCCAGCAGUUGAAGCUUCGAUUAUGCAAGUUGCAGUUCGUGCAGCACCUGGUGUGACAAGCAAGGAAUCACUUUGUUUGACUUAUGACACAUCAUGCGAGAAGUUCAAGGCUGUAGUUUGCGGCGACAAUGAGAACAUGACAAAGAUGUUCGACACUCCCAAGGCCACAUUCCAGGAAGCCGUGGAGAAGCAGUCACCAGUUGACACAGACAAAGAAAUCAAGUUUGUAGAUGUGACCCACAAGCUAUUUGAGAAACCGGUCAUUGACGAGUUUCCACAAAGCAGUGUGUGCAUUUACAAGGGCAUCAUUUCCAACCUUAUCUCUUGGGGACGUGAAGGAUAUUCGACCAACCAAAGGAUUGUAAAGACUGAAGAAGAUCGAGCACGCAAGUUCAUGAAAACUACAAUGGAAAGGGUACGUGAUCGAGAUCUUGAGACUUCUAGAUGUGAUGAGAUUCUUGCAACUGGCUGUGUAGAUGUGAUGGACAUCGACUUCAUUGCAAAGGCUUUGGGCAUUGGUGUACGGUGCACCAUUUCUGAUGAGGCUGAACUCGGGGAGGUGGAGGUUUUGAUCACAUGUUUCCGUCGCUUUGUCAAUGAGAAGAUCAGCGGCACUUUGAUUGACAACGAGGCCUAUGACGUGUACACAGCAUCGAUGCCCAACUCAGUACACAAGGAUGCCAUCUAUGGACAUGGAAGGGAAUCCAAGGAGUACCUGAUCCAUUUGAUCUUUCGCUAUCAACCAAAUCCGGAAACUGGUCUAGCAUACGGGCACUACAACUUCUUGAUGCCUACCAAGGGUGAGGAUGCUAGUGCUUCGAGUGAUACAAAGAUCAUCAAAAUUCAGAAGCUGCCAGUGACAGAAGAACGCCACACAACACAGGAAAACAUUCAUAAUUUCUUUGAAAAAUGCAAAGAUCAUCAAAGCAAAGCUACCAUCAAUCCACCCAAGCAAACGGGUCCACCAAAGGCACCAGCAGACAAAGACACAACCCAGGCAAAUGUUGAUGCUAUGUUUGCAAAAUGCAUAGAUCAUCAGAAUAAGGUUGCUAAGAAAGCACCUGUGUGUGAGCCUGUGAUGAAACAAGUGGUAGAACGUGACACUACCCAAAAGAAUAUCGAUGCAUUAUUUGCAGCAUUUCCAGGUGCUAAUGUUGGACCACCACCCGUUCCACCUUCAAAUUCAUUACACAAAAUUUGUGCUGAUGAACCAGCUGCGCAUGGUCUUCAAGAUGGACAUGAAGCUACCAAGCAUGCCGGUGCUGAAUCACCACCUCUUCCACCUCCAGAUUCAACACCUAAUCAAAGUGAUGAUGAAUCAGCUGCGCAUGGUCUUCAAGAUGGACAUGAAGCUACCAAGCAUGCCGGUGCUGAAUCACCACCUCUUCCACCUCCAGAUUCAACGCCUAAUCAAAGUGAUGAUGAACUAGCUGAGCAUGGUCUUGAUCAGAUACAUGAUCGUUGUGAUGAUCAAUGUGGUGUUGAAGCUACUAAGGAUGCCAGUGCUGAACCAGCUACUACGCAUACCAGUGCUGAACCACCACCUCCAUCACCUACAGUUUCAGUGCAUGAUCGAUGUGAUGAUGAACGAGCUGUACAUGAUCCGCCAGCUGAACAUGACGCUACUAAGCAUGCCAGAGCUGAACCAUCACCCAUUCCACCUACAGUUUCGGUGCACCAUCAACGUGAUGAUGAACCAAAUGCACAUGACCACCAAGCUGAGCCUGAAACGACACCGAUGACUGAAAUUCAGAUUGAAAUGGAAAAGAAGGUGAUCCUGGGAGAUUCACAUGGAAACAACUAUGGAGAUUCACAUGGAAAAGAAGGUGAUCCUGGGAGAGCAACUAUGUCAUUGGCUUCAUCACCACUUCAAGCUUCUGGGACAGGGAGUCAAGAACAAGAUCAGACACCAACCGACGUUGAAUAUGCACGUGUGAAAUCAAUUGUGGACAGAAUCAGCAACUUUCAGCGCUCUAGUGGGUCCAAUUUGACUUCUGAAAGUGAGGACGAACAAGCCGAAGCAAAUGGUUCAUUUGAAGCAGAGCAAGUUGAAAAUAACAGCAUCAGUUGUGAUGAAGCUAUUCCUGAAGAUGAAGAUACCAAAAGCAAUGGCAUAGCUGAAGAUGAAGAAACACCAAUCAAAAACGCAGAGCUGGCUCCAGCAGUUUCUUCACACGAUAUGGAUUCAGCCGAGGUGGAGUUGAGAAAGUUGAAAGAUAAAAAAAACAUUCGAGAGCGCCUUAGAAAGAACAAGAAGCUGGCAGAAGCAGAUCGUAUCCUGCUAAAGAAUGCAAAUGCUUGGGUUGAUGAUAGUGCCCAACCACCGGAGACUGCACCUAAACUUGAAGAAGGAGACAUGGAGGGAGAUGAGACGCCGGCUCCACCUGGUUUCAAAGUCGAGACAGCUGACUUUCCAGGAGACAUGGAUGAAGAUGCUCCCAUUGGUUUCAAAGAGGAGACAGCUGACUUUCCAGGAGAUUCCAACGAAACCAUUACAGACUUGGACCGGUUGAUCAAAGGUAGCCCUACAUCUCCUGCUGACAACGGCAAAGAGACGGCAAAGGACAUGGUGAUGAUUCCUCCUGCUGACAACGGCAAUGGGACGGCAACUGAGAUGGUUGUGAUUGACGUUCCGAAAUCACCUGACAAUGUGAAACAAAAGGUUCAGAAGAAGGACAAAAAGGUCAAAAAGGACAAGAAGGACAAGAAUCAGAAAAAGAAUGAUCAGAAGAAGAAGGAUCAGAAGAAGACCAAGGAGAACAAGGAUGACCGCAGAAAGUAUCGAGAUGUGCGCGACAUGCAGAAGGAGACCGCCUUGAAAGAUAUGGUGGACAGUGCCCGAAGCGCGCUAGGCCCUCAUAUGUCCACUGCACUGCUUACAGGUAAAAAGCUUUGCCCUCAGUUGCUUUUGAGGUUGCUGGAAGCUUUCAAUUUGGAGAGCAUCGCGCCCAAAGCGGUGAGCGCCAAGCGCCCGCCGCCUUCGAAGAGUUCCAAGGCGAAGGCAGCCCCGAAAGUGCCAGUUCCCAAGCCUGCUGAGGACACGCCCAGCAAGACACCAAAGAGAGCAUCAGCAGGUGGCAGCGUCUUUUGUGAGCCAGUCUUUCGUUAUCCAUCUUUGCCAGGUGAGGAAACUUCUCGACAAAAAAUGUUAGAAGUCUUGGCGGAUGAGAUUGGUGACGGUGUCUGGCGCUUGGCCCUGGUUGCCCCAGCUUGCCGAGUUGGAACUAUGGCCAGAGCAGCAGUGGCCGACGGUGCGCCCAACGUAGGCAGCCUGUAUGCAGCCACCAAAGUGCAUCCAAGUCAUGGAGAGCGAGAUGCUCAUCGACUUCUCAACAAGUACUGGCUAUCUUUAAGGGUACCCAUCAGUGAACUGACCAUACCAUUGGAUGAUGGCCAAACGGUGUCCAUCCCACACUACAAGGUUACUGACAUGGCUGGACAUCUGUUGACGAAGCAUCCAGAAAUUUUGUUGGGUGGGGAUACGCUUGAAUCUGGCGAAUCCCGGUGCAAGUCGUUUUGGGAGAAGUUCCGCGACCACCAACCAGACCACAAAGUGUUUCAACAGUUUGUUGACUUCCGUCGGGUGGUGCCAAUUUGCAUCCAUGGUGACAAAGGCCGUACUCUCAAAAAAUCCCCCAUAGCAUGCUACUCAUGGGAGUCUGUGUGGGGCCUACCUGCUGGGCUUAGGGACACGGCAACAGAACCUGUCCUCAACCGGCGAAACCAGCAGAAAUAUGACACAGGCCACUUGGGGGUCACGUGCUUAGAGCGGUCAACAUCGUCGAAUGGUGGAGGAACGUAUGACGAUGCUGACGAUGCCUGCACCAUCAAGCGGCGGCGCCUGGGCCAGUGCGGACACUCUUUCUUGAACCGGUACCUCUUCACCUGCGUUCCAUAUGCUGUCUACAGCUUGGACAGUUACACCGUACUUAGAACAGUCCUCAAGGAGUUGGGGUCGCAACUGAAGAGUUUGUUUUUGGACGGUGUGGAAGUGAAUUCUACCACGUACCACUUUGCCCUCAUAGGUGUGAAGGGGGAUGCAGAAUUCCAUGUGGAAGCUGGAGAAUUUUGCCGUUCAUACAUGACGGUUGGAACAGCCAACAAUUUACAAAUGUGCCAUGAAUGUGAAGCUGACGACAACUUUGGCGAUGUCUCUGACAACCCCAGCUGGUUGAACACAGUUGCUUAA